AUGGUCGUCAUCCUUCUUCUGACUGCCUAUAAUCUCAACAAGCUUUUUAACAUGUUUAGCAGUGAACGUCUUCUAGUACCGAGCUAUGUCAACAACAUGUGCUGGUGGCAGACCUCUGGAGGCAAAGCUGUAAUUCAGGAUGUCUCUCCUGGGGUCAGUACAGAUGUUCAGGGGGCUUUGGAUAAAGUCCUGCCUGAGUUACAUGUUUCCAUCUCAAAUCUGAAGCAGGCACCUUGUGCGCAGAGUAUUUGCCACAGCAUCUCAGAAAUAUUUCAAGUAGUGGAGGAGGCAUGGGUCAUGCCAACUGUGGGCAGAGAAGUUGCCCAGGGGUUGUGUGAAGUCAUCAGACUGGAAGGAGGGCUGGACCUUCUUCUUCAGCUACUUCAGGCAACUGAUAAUGAGGUGAAAUACCAGGCCUGCCAGCUCCUGGAGCAGAUUCUAGUUUCAGAGAACAGAGAUCGUAUAGCACGAGUUGGUCUGGGAGUGAUCCUGAAUACUGCAAAAGAAAGGGAUGACCCUCAGCUUGCCCGAAGCCUUUCAGGUGUUCUGGAGCAUAUGUUUAAACACACUGAAGAGACCUGUCAUCAGCUCAUCUGUGAUGGAGGCCUGGACGCUAUUCUCUUUUGGUGCCGCUGGACUAACCCAGUUGUUCUGCGGCAUUGUGCAGUGGCUCUGGCAAACUGUGCUAUGUACGGUGGACCAUCUAACCAGCGUCUGAUGAUUGAGAAAAGGGCAGCCGAGUGGCUAUUUCCUCUUGUCUUUUCAGAAGAAGAUAGAUUGAUUAGGUUCCAUGCUUGUCUUGCUAUAACUGUGCUGGCUACAAACAAAGAAAUUGAAAAAGAGGUGGAACGAUCUGGCACAUUAGCAUUAGUAGAACCUUUCAUCUCUUCCUUGGAUCCUCAGGAAUUUGCUCGUUCUCUUUUAGACAGCAGUGACAACACUCAGGGCAGAACUGCAGGUGAUCUACAGCGCCUUGUGCCCCUGCUGGACAGCUCCCGCCUAGAGGCGCAAUGCAUUGCUGCCUUCUAUCUAUGUGUAGAAGCAGCUAUCAAAUCCCAACAGAAGAAUACAAAGGUGUUUAAUGAAAUUGGAGCUACACAAAGUCUAAAGAGAAUAGUUUGUUACUCAAAAGAUGGCUCAGUCUCUACUCUGGCCAAGAAGGCCCUGCAGUUAAUGGGAGAAGAUGUCCCACGUCGCAUUGCUCGUUCUGUUCCAAACUGGAAACCACUAGAGGUGCAGAACUGGCUGCAGCAGAUUGGCUUUAAUAAAUACUCUGAUACAUUUAUGGAGCAGCAAAUUGAUGGUGAUCUACUGCUCAGACUGACUGAGGUGGAAUUAAGAGAUGACUUGGGAAUAACCUCUAGUAUCUCCAGAAAGAGAUUUACACGGGAUCUAGUAGAGUUGAAGACAUUUGCCAACUACUCAAACUGUGACCGCAGCAAUCUGGCAGACUGGCUGGGCAGUGUGGAACCAAGAUUUAGGCAAUACACUUAUAACCUGGUGACCUGUGGCAUUGAUCGCAACUUCUUGCAUCAUGUGACUGAGCAGCAAUUAGAAGAGGAUUGUCACAUUUCUACAGGGUUCCAUCGUGUCCGCAUCCUGUCCGCAGCAAGAGAGAUGCUGCACUCACCUCUGCCAUGCAGUGCAGGGAAAUCCAGUGCUGAGGGCCCUGAUGUGUUUAUCAGCUACAGAAGAAGCACUGGAUCACAACUUGCCAGCCUCCUGAAGGUACAUCUGUAUCUCCAUGGCUUCAGUGCUUUUAUCGAUGUGGAGAAGUUAGAGGCAGGAAAGUUUGAAGAUAAAUUGAUUCAGAGCGUGAUCAGCGCCAGGAACUUUGUCUUGGUUCUUUCUGCUGGAUCUUUAGACAAGUGUAUGGGUGACAACGAAUGCAAGGAUUGGGUGCACAAGGAGAUUGCCACAGCACUAAGCUGCAGUAAAAACAUUGUUCCAGUUACGGAUUCUUUCGAUUGGCCUGAUCCCUUGAGCCUUCCAGACGAUAUGAGAGCAGUGCUAAAGUUUAAUGGUAUAAAGUGGUCCCAUGAAUACCAAGAUGCCACUGUUGAAAAGAUUAUCCGCUUCUUACAAGGCCGCUCCUCAAGAGAUUCUUCAGCUGGAUCGGAGAACAGCCUUGAUGGGACAUCCCCCUUAGGUCAAGGCUAA